GCUCAGCGACAAUCUUUGUCAAGCAAAAAGAGGAAGAUUGGGAAUAGAUGUUAGCUCAGGGCCAAUCUUCCUCAACAACAAAAAAAAGAAAGAAAAAGAAAAGUAGACUCCAGACUUGAGCAGGGCCAGAGACUAGAGACCAGCCUCAGAGAUGCCCCUUCAUCCCAUGCUGCCCAAACAAGAAACACCUGGGCAACCGGCAAUGGCUGGCUCCCAGUGCCCCUUAACCCUGCAGCCGGAAGGUUUAAGGCCCUGGGCUCUCCUCCCCUCUCCACGCCUCCCUCCCCUGGGCUUUUGACCCCUCCCGGCCCCUCCCCUUGCCUCCACUGACACCUUUGCCCCGGUGACGGUGACGUUGGUCCCUCCGGUGCAGACCUGGCCGGAGGCUGGGACUGGAUGCCGGCGGCCAUGUUCUCCCUGCCGUCCCUCUCCUCCUGGCUCCCCGGCCUCCCCUCCCUGGCGUGGGGCUCCAGCCUCCUCGACUCCCUCCUGCAAGGCCUCAUCGGGGCCUGCGGAGUCUCAGUCCUCAACAGCCUCCUGAGGGUCUACUUCUUCGUGGGCUGCGCCAACAACCCGGAGCGGCAGCCCGAAAAGGAGCGGCUGCGGGCCCAGUGGGCCUCGCUGGAGACCCUGCACCUGGCAGGGCUGGCCCUGGUCCUGACCAUCGUGGGCACCCGGGUGGCUGCCCUGGUGGUGCUUGAGUUCUCCCUCCGGGCUGUCUCCACGCUGCUCUCCCUGGACAAGGGCUCCCAGGUCCCUGAGAGGCUGCAGCUGUACCUGCUGUGUCAGUACUCACUGGGCUGCGGCCUGACCUGCGGCCUGAGCUUCCUGCAGGAGGGCGCCCCUCACCGCACUCUGAACCUGCUGCUGGGCCUCGGGCUGGCCGCCCUGCUCUGCACGGGCGCCCGGCGCCUCCACAGCCACACCUGCCGCCUCUACGAGCUGCACAGCAGCCAGCACUACUGUGGGGUCUGCCUGGGACUGCUGGCCGGUGCUCACGGCCUCCCCCGGCUGCUGGGCCGAGCCCUGGCCGUGGCCUUUGUUGUGGGCAAUCUGGCGGCCGUGGCCCUCAUCAACAGGGACUUCCUGACCACCUCGGAGGCCGUGCGCUUCUGGACACCACUCACCAUCUGCUACACCCUGCUGGUCAUCCACAUGCAGGAGGAGCAGCGGCAGCGCCCCGGCCUGCAGGGCCAGGUCCAGACGGUGCUGGUGCGCAUGGGUGGCCUCUUCGUGCUGCUGCUGACUGUGGGCUGCUGGCUGGACCUCCUGGGCAUCCUCGUCUCCCUGCUGGGCGAGCUCUGGUGCCUGGUGGCCGUCCGCAACCUGCUUGACAUUUGCCAGAUACAGGUUGGCAUCUGGGGGCCACCCAGCUGGCUGCCCUGGCUCGAGGUCUCUCACAGGCCACCGUGGAGGCAUGGGCUGAGGCUGCGGUCUCAUCUUAAGGCUUGGCCAGGGGACAGUCCACUUCCAAGCUCACUCACGUGUCUGUUGGCAGGAUUCAGUUUCCCGUGGGCCGUUGGACGGAGGGCCUCAGGUCCUCUCUGGCUGUUGGCCGGGGCCUCCCUCAGUCCUUGGCCUCUCCAGAGGGGCGCUCACAGCAUGGCAGCUGGCCUCCCUCAGGGCAAGUGACAAGAGAGAGAAGACAGGACAGAAGUCACAGUCUUGUAACCCGAUGUUAAAAGCAACAUCCCACUGUUUUUGCUGCAUUCUAUUGGUUAGAAGCAAGUCUCUGGGUCUAACCCACCCCAGAGAGGAAGGGAUGACACAAGGGCAUGGCAAAAGGCAGGGAUCCCUGGAGGCCACUUGAGAAGCUGCCUUCCAGAGAGGGCUUCUUUGAGUCCAUCCUUCUGAAUGGACUGAGGAGCAAGCCAAGCAAAAAGCUGAGGGGAGAACAUCCCGGGCUGAGAGGACAGCACGGGCAAAGGCCCUGAGGUGGGAAGAAGCAGGGGAUACUUUAGGAACAGAAGGAAAUUCAGCAUGGCUGGAGCAUCACAGAGAGGAUGGAGAGGCAGGAAUGCGGUCAUGGAGGCGGCAGGGCCUCAGGGUCACGGCGAGGGUUGGGAUGUCAUUUCCCUGUGUUGGGCAGCAAGCGGGCAGUCUGCACAAGGAGGUGACAUGAUCUGACUUACAU